AUGCUGCUGCUCCUGCUUCUCAGCUCCUGCUUCAUGUCAUGCCACGCUCAGACCAACUCAGUUGGGCAAAUAAGUCAGGUGACGACAAGUCCUACAUUUUCUUCAAUUUCUCCGUCUCCUGUAGGUUCAGAUGAACUGAACAGUUUGGCCUUCCUUCACGCUCAAGUUGAGUCCACGCACAGGCUGAACGAGACCUCUCUGGAUGUUAUUCUCAACACGAUUGCAGUUUUAAUCCAUGAAAAACUACCAGAGAUUGAGUUUGAGCUAACCAGGAAGUCUGUCACUGAAGUUUGA